CGCAACAGUUUCAUAAGAUUCUUUCUAUGCACCCCGCACUGAUGGUGGAAUAUUUACAGUGGCGUGGACGUUAUAAGCCCCUCCAAGUCCACUGAACUCAACGGCGCGACCGACUCCUUCCAAAGUCGUUUCCACAUCAUUCAAUCACUUAAUCGGGCAGGCAGGCAGUUGCACUCCAUUCACGGCGACACUUGCUUCUCCAUCCACCUCCUCAUCCACCUUCUCAAAAUGGCAAUUGCACCACUGCGCAUCGGCUUUGUGCCGGAGCACUUCUCUACGCCGCUCCACUUUGCCCAACAACACUUUGGCUUACAGGCCGAGCUGAUCCCUUUCCCGUCGGGCACAGGACACAUGGUCACCGCCAUACGGGCUGCAGAGAUCGAUGUCGGUAUCGGCCUGACGGAGGGAUGGAUUGCUGCUCUGGGAAAGGAUGAUGUCAAGGAUGAUGGCGGCUAUCGUCUUGUGGGCACAUAUGUCGAGACACCUCUUUGCUGGGCAAUCUCGACGGGAAGCGACCGCAAGGAGAUAACAUCCGUCAGCUCACUCAAGGGCGGCAAAAUCGGAGUAUCCCGCAUCGGGUCCGGCAGCUACGUCAUGGGCUUCGUGCUGGCUGACCGCGAGGGAUGGCUCCAGCCCGAGGUGAGCCCCUACUCGCAGACGGUGGUGCUCAACACGUUUGAGAACCUGCGCAACGCCGUCAACAAGGGCGAUGCGGACUUCUUCAUGUGGGAGCACUUUACGUCCAAAAAGUACUACGACAGUGGGGAGAUUCGCCGGGUGGGCGAGAUCUACACGCCCUGGAGCAGCUGGAAGAUUGUCGCGUCGACCAAGCUCCUCGCGGGCGGCCAGCGCGACGCCAGGGUGACGGACCUGCUGGGCAAGCUGGACCAGGGCAUAAAGUACUUCAACGAGAACAAGGAGGAGGCCGUCAAGUACAUCAGCACCUCCCUCGACUACUCGGAGGCGGACGCGCGCGCCUGGUUGGACACGGUCAAGUUCCCUGCCAAGACGGAUGGCGUCAAGGCGGAGACGGUCGACAAGUGCGUCAACAUCUUGCAGAAGGCGGGGGUGUUGACUGCGGGCAAGGGUAUGGACCCCAAGCAGAUGGUGGCUUAGUUCUAGACCUAAAAGAAGAAGAAAAAAAAGAUGCAGCUUGGCAGUUGGCGCACAGCUGCUUUUUUUUUUUGCAACGGGGAGCAAUUCUUUCCAAUGCCAUUAUUGUGCCGCAGUCGUACGUUUUAGCACCUCAUCGACGGUGGCUAUGCUUUGGUGUGAUUUUAACCUUACCUUGGAGGAUGACACUAUGAUUGGUGUGCGUGCGGACGCUCCCGGUCCAAAUGAGGGUUACCGGCUUAUUUUCUUGGCCUACAUGAUUUCAAUCGGAAGAGGCGGCCCCCUUGGUUUCUAGCUUUUGUAGGUACCUUAGGUAUAUACAACCAACAUCAGCUUGGCGUGUGGCAGACGUGCAGCUGAUGAAUCAAAACACGUCACAUAUCGAAAAACAAUAUAUCAGGCGACAUAGAGCA